GAAAUGCUGUAUAUCACUGGUCGUGCUCACAGUAUCUGCCUAAGUUCUUGGUGGGAAUGCAAUUAAUGGUGAACAUUACCAGUUGAGGAAAGGCCAGUCUGUGUUGUACUGGACUUAUAUAAUUGCCAUAUUGCAGUGUCAGUAGGAACCACAGCCCACAGCAGCAGCGUUAUGGUUAUUUACCGACAAGAUCUGUGCACUGGAACGGUCUCCCCUCUCUAUUCCUGCUCUCUCUCAUCUUUCCUCUCGUCCAGCGCUCGCUUUGCUCUUCCUCCUCCCCCAUGUUCGCCUUCCCUCUCCUUCCUUCCUUCCUUUCCUCUCUCUCUCUCUCCCUCUUUCCUAGACGCUGGAAGUUUGAGCUCUCUCUGAUCCUGAGCUCAUUUCCUGUCGGUGUUACGGAGCGGAUCGCAGGGUUGGAGUGUCAGUUUGCAGGAGCUUUAUCACUAUGGCAACAGAAACUGAUACUGCAUCUCACCUUUUCUCAGCAACGUUUAUUAUCCCCCGCAAUUUCACUGGGAGAGACCGCAGCAUUGCCGAGUGGCAGAGUUCAUGAUAGCACCGCAGGGCGUGUACACAGGAACAGGGAUGGGCUUUGGAGCAUUGUCGCUGGGCACUGCUUUCAAAUUCCGGUCAAGGCACGAAGGUGUGGACUGGAGGCGAUUCAGCGCCAUCGAUGUGGACAGGGUGGCCAGAGAACUGGACGUUGCCACCCUCCAGGAGAACAUCAUGAGCGUGACCUUUUGCAACCUGGACUCCGAGAGGUGCCAGUGGUGCCAGAACGCCGUGGACCCGGUCCUGCUGAAGGUGUUCAAGCUGGCCCAGCUGAACACAGAGUAUCUGCUGCACUCUCAGGAGCUCUUCACCAGCAGCAUCCAGGCACUGGAGGAGCAGCUGCAGACUCUGACUGAAGAACUGGAGAAGAGCAAGCAGGAAAUGGUCAAGCAGGCGGAGGAGCUGAAGGCUGUGAAGGAGGAAAGCCGACGGCGGAAGAAGAUGAUCACGACUCUUCAGCUCCUUGUGCAGGCAGGAGCCAAUAACUAUCACAAGUGCCAGUUUUGUGACAAGGCAUUCCUGAACUACUCCUUCCUCCAGGGACAUGUUGAGCGUCGGCACCCAGAGAUUACUGAGGCUGAGAGGAAGAAGAAGCACCGGACGGAGCAGAUUGAGGAUGAGAUCCGGGAGCUCCGGGAGCGGCUGCAGAUCAGCCAAUCACAGCUCCGGCUCGAGAGGGAGGCUGAUUCUCUCCGCCGUGGCCAGGAAUUGGAAGAUUCUCGGAGGAGGGAGGAAGAUGUAAAAAAGGAGUUUGAGAACUGGAAGGAGGAAGAAAGGAAAAAAUUUUUCCAGGAAAUGGAGAGCCUAAGACAGGAGCUCCUGGCAGAAUUUCAGGAUAUUGCGGAGAAGAAUCAGUCUAUUGAAGCGAAACUGCAGGAGAUCCAAGUGGCAGCCCCAGCGCUGUCGACAGUGACAUCGAGGAUCGAGGAUCACGCGACGGAGCUGAGAAACUGGAAGGAGAGAUAUGAGAAGCUGAAAAAUGAUUCCAAAAAGAAGGUGAAAGACUUUGAAAGUCAACACCUGGCCGAUAAAGAGGAGAUGAAAGCAGAAAAUGAGAGGCUUCGGGCUACUUUGUCCGCAGACCAGAAAACAACAGCUGAAUACUUCCAAAAGCAAAUCAGUUCACUCAGUGCAAAGGUCAAAGAGCAGAGUGCGGUCAUCUGGUCUCAGGAAGAUCAGAUCAGAAAGCUUUCCUCUCGACCAGUUCAAGAUGCUCCUGCGUGUGAUGUUCUCCAUGUGACCCACUUAACUCCACUCGGACACGAUCCGGCAAUGUCCCUUUCCUCAUCAGCUUCUGAGAGCCAAGAUUUGGAAUCUGAGGAAGAUGAUGACCUGGAGAGUUCCUUAGACAGGAAGCAGCAGCUGUUGAACACCCUGAGACAGAAUCCAAAGUUCAUCAAACAAUUCCGCCCCAUUCUGGAAGAGACUUUGGAGGAGAAACUGGAGAGCAUGGGUUUGAAAAAGGGCUUGAAGGGAAUUCCUGCCCAGACACUAAAGAGCUUGAGUGUGACUGUGGGCAAACAGCGUGAGAGCAAGGCCAGGCACUUCGGCGAGUUUGCUAGCCUUCGGAAGCGGUUUGCAAAGGUCGUGGUGGAGAAGGUCAGAGAGAAGCAGCGCAGCGAGGGCUACAGCUCCCCUCCACCCCGAUCAGUACGGAGACAGACCGGGCCGGCACAGAAAACCGCCACCAAAAGCAAGGGCCGGCAAGCCGUGACGUUGAAGCCAUCCCGCGUGGUCGAUCCCAAGCUCUCCCAGACCGAGGUCCCCAAACCAGCUCCGCGGCAUCGGGCUGCCAGUCCGAUCCGCUCUGCAGCACCCAGUGCCAGUACUCCCCCAUUCUCCUCGGACGAAGACGACUCGGUUGUGGACAGUGCCUAUGUCACCAGCGUGGGGGUGAAGGACGGGACCCAGGUGCGGGUUGUCCAGUCGAACCCGUUGCCGAGACCGUCGGCCCUGAGCGACGAUGACGACGACUGGUCAGACACUGACAUCUCGACGGAGCUGCUGAGCCCAGUUGGGGGGGCUUCUGUGGCCCGUACCCCACCAGGAAACAUGGUGCAGAGUCUGGCCAAGAGUCUCGAGAGACAACUCAGCUCCCCAGUGAAGAAACCCACCGGCGGAGUUCAACUCAUCCCCACGGCCCAAGCUGCAGCCCGUACCCCUCCUGAUAACCGCACCGUCGUCAAGAAGCUACAGCUAUCGGAUAAUGAUGAGAGUGACCUGGACAUCUCGUCGAUCGAGGAGGUCUCCGAAGAGUUUCUCGCGAAAGCAGCGAUCUCGAAGCCAGUGGCAGCGCCGAGGCAAAGUGCCGAGCCAUCCAUCUCUCAGGGAACCAGCGCCUGGAGCUCAUCCACCAGCAGAGGGGCAGUUUCGGAAUCCGAACUUUUCGCAAUCGGAACAGCCUCCUGGGAUGAAUUAAAGUCGGAUUCCGAGGCACCACUGUAUACAGGGUUGAAGGAAGCUGGCACCGUGAUGUCACUGAAGAGCAGCAGCUUUGCCACGGUAACAGACAUCAGUGACUCAGAGUUCAACUUCCCAUGAGCACCGGGGGUUCCUGCUUCGAUCGAUAGAACCAUUUCGGGCUGGUUCAGCUUCACCGCUGGACGGUUCCUCUGUACCGGGGGAAUAAUGAUGGGGGCUUUUAUGUGGAAAUGCUGCAUUGUGAGCUUGUCCACUACCCUGACUUGCCCAUUUUAUUGGCACUAGUUGAAGGGAAUUCCUGGUGUCUCUUCAUGGGUCCUCUAACUUUCAAGUGCCCCUCUUCCACACUUUCGCCAUCCUCACAGGGCACUGCCUUCCUGUGCUAAUUGGGAGACAAGCAGAUGCCAUUACUGUUCUUCACCGUCAGUCAAAUAUAUCCGACCUUUAAACCCAUUCCCCACAUUUCUGUCGCUAGGAACCACAAAUUUUGAAAGGAAGUGCUAAAACUAAAAUGCUGUUUGCAUUUAUCGAAUCUCUACAGUGUGGAAAGCAGGCCGUUCAGCCCAUGCUGACCCUCUAAAGAGCAUCACACUUAAAUCCGUG